AUGUUUUAUUUUAUAAUAAUAUUUCUCUUUCAUUCUAUUCGUAUGAAUUAUAUAGAGAUAAUAAUUAAUGAAACAACAAGAAUUGAUUCAUUUCAAAAAACUAAUAUAAUUAUAAUUGAACGAGUAUAUACUCGUAAUAAACAAGAAAUUCUAUUAAAAAGACCAUUACUUCUUUAUUUAUAUAUUGAAUCAGCUGAAAUAUAUCCGUUAGAAUAUUUAAAGAGUAUCAAUAAUAAAUUAUUUCCAAUAUCAUUUCAACAUUUUCAAACAGAAAAUAAUUCUAAAAAAAAUAUAAAACAAUCAACUUUUUGUGGUUAUGAUAGUUUUGAUAUACAUACAGCAAAACCUAUCAAAGUUUAA